UGCGCAGAGGGCGGGGCGUGCGCAGAGGGCGGGGCGUGCGCAGAGGGCGGCAGCGCCGAGGCGGGAAAGGACGAAAUGGAGCGCCAGGGAGUGGACGUGCUUCCCGUGGAGUUAAGGGACCAGGAAGCCCAGGAGAUUGUUGAGAGCGGGGAGCAUCAGAAUGAGAACCUCGAGGAAGAGGCCAGCGCGGCGGCAGCGAGUGCCAACUACCAGCUGGCAGGACCCUUCUCCUCUCUGGACUCUAGCAUUGAAAUCCUGAAGAAGAAAGCUCAGGAGCUGAUUGAAAACAUCAAUGAGAGCAGACAGAAGGACCAUGCACUUAUGACCAACUUCAGGGACAGCCUCAAGAUGAAGGUCUCAGAUCUGACAGAGAAAUUGGAAGAGAGGAUGUACCAGGUGUACAGCCACCAUAGCAAGAUCAUUCAGGAGAGACUCCAAGAAUUCACUCAGAAGAUGGCAAAGAUCAGCCUUCUGGAAAUGGAGCUCAAGCAAGUUUGCCAUACUGUGGAAACUGUAUACAAAGACCUAUGUGUCCAGUCUGAGGUUCCUACUUCAGAAGAACAGAGUUACAAAGAUGGUGAAUGCUGACUGCUACUAAGGAGCUCCCAUCUUAACGACAGUCACCAAGAGAAGGCAGAGUCCACUGAGCCAUGCUGAGAUUGGUUUGUUUUUUGUUUUGUUUUGUUUUACAGUUCUGUAACCCAACACAAAAGCCACCAAAGACUUUUGUGCUAACUACCAAACUGUGGCAAGGUUAGUCCCUGCUAUAGGCCUAGCUUUAGCAAAUUCACCCAACUCACACCUACAGUUGAUUAAAUGUUUGAUUUCUA